UAAUCCUUUGUACCUGGGGAGGAGAGCAGAUCCAGCCUAGUCUUCUGUGUGCACACACAGCACCUCUCACCUGUCUUCCAGGUUACUGGCUGUGUGAUGAUUCUUCUUAAUAUUCCCGAGUGAAUUUGAUAGACAGACUACAAGCACAGAAGAAGGUUUACCCCCGUACCCACCUGGUUGCACCAUACAUUGUGUUGUAGACCUGUAGGUGAGGUCUCAGGUUUGGUCAUUAAACAGUACCUUGGUUGGUGGUCUUUCACUCGUUGGAUUCUUGGGAUUAUACAACAAUACAUCUACAGAAAUUUGAGAGGAUCCCAACUGCUGCUAGUUUGUUUGGGAAGGAAAGGUGUAUUUGAAGUGGACAAUCCUGUAUUAGGAUGACAGCAGAGAGCCACCAGUCUCCUACCCGAGCCACUGGGGCUGGUACCAACCUUCACCAGGCCAGCAAUUUCACAAUACCAGUGGUGAAGGUGGAGAAAGAACCAGCUCCUGAGGCAAGCGAAACCACCGAACAAACAGACGCAGAUGACACUCCAAAGGGAAGGAGAAGGAAAAGACCUCUCCAGAGGGGCAAACCACCCUAUAGCUAUAUCGCCCUUAUAGCCAUGUCUAUUGCCCAUUCUUCUGAAAGAAAGCUGACACUUGGAGGUAUAUACAAAUUUAUAACAGAGAGGUUCCCUUUUUACCGAGAUAACUCCAAGAAGUGGCAGAACUCCAUCAGACACAACCUUACUCUGAAUGACUGCUUCAUCAAAAUCCCUAGAGAGCCAGGGAGACCUGGAAAAGGCAACUACUGGGCUCUAGACCCCAAUGCUGAAGACAUGUUUGACAGUGGAAGCUUCCUAAGAAGAAGGAAACGGUUCAAAAGAAUGGACCUCACCACUUACCCAGCUUACAUACAUGACACCAGUAUGUACCCAGCACUACAAGUCUCCAGACCAUCUUAUCCCAACUCUGUGUAUUCCAACAUGACCAUGAGCCCCACCUAUACCCAACAGAUAGCUCCCCAUUCCUCUGUCUAUUAUCCCUCUUCAUCUCCUGCUUUCAGCUCUGGCCAGUCCAGAAUGUUUAGCAUCAACACAAUUAUAGGCCAUUCCAGUGCCUCAGAACAUACCCAGCAGACGAGCAGGUCAAUGAGCCCAGAAGCCAACUCUACCACGUCCAGCUCCUGCACCUACGCUAGCCCAGGCUACAACAGUCAGACAGGUGGGAGUCCUAUGCUACAGAGGUCUACCAACCCAAUGCCAUAUUCCUACCCAGUGCCCAAUAGCCAUCUGCCAAUGAACCAGAGUUCAUACACACAUGGCAACACACAACUGUUUGGCACAUCUAGUAGAAUACCUAUGACCACCUCCCCAGUUAUGAAUACUGAUAGUAUGGACUUCUAUGGCAGGAUGUCUCCUGCACAGUACACCUCAUUGACUGCCUAUAAUAGUAACGGGCAACUGGCAGGUACAAAUGCGUACCUAAGGCAUGCCACCUACUCAGGGAACAUGGACCGGUUUGUCCCUGCAGUGUGAUUGUGUAUGGACCUUAUUAGCACAUGUCCCACCAUAUUGUGCUGAUAGUAACAGGCUUCUUUACUGUGUAAUGAACUCUAAGGGACACUAAUCCAUUAAUAAGGACAUUCAUUCAGACGUCUGCCCUGAAGCUCUUACAACUGCAAGAUGGACUAAAAGCUGCAAUAUUUGACAAGCGAUGUAUUUCUCCUCCUUUUUAAUCUUCCCUAUGGGAUGAAAAAUGAAACUUAUAUUUUGUAACGACUAUGAAUUAAUGUGAUAGAAUUCUACCUAUGUAAAGUAUUACAUGUACUUUAUGUGAUUUACUGAUACUUGCUCUAGGAGGAUUUGCUAAACAUUGAACAUAUAAAAAAGACACUACAUUUUAUCAUACCAUUAUUUAAUUAGAUAAUUAACUGGUCGCUGGUAAAGUCCUCAAGACUGCACUUAUUUUUCGGGAUGUGGGAAUAUGCUUUCUGAAUGUUUUUUUAUAAUCUUCAUAUAAAUGACAAUAAAAUUAAUUUUGGUGAAUGAAAGCUCACCCAGGUUUAUUUAAUUCUUGAUCGGUGACAUGUUGUGGUCUGUAGGAAGCACACAUAUAUAUCAUUUAUUAUAUGGCAAGCAUAUACAGUAUAUUAUAUAAAACAAACAAAAAAUGAUAAUGUGGUGAACUAUUAUUUUUUUCACUUUAUAAAGAUUUUUAUUGAAUUAUCAAGGAGAACAGCCAAACAAAAUAAGAGCAUCGGCAUAUAAAAAAGGUUGUUCAAUA